AUGGCUCCCUCACUCAAGAUCUCAGCGGGUCCCUCCGUGGACGCCCUCAAGACGGUUGCAGUCAACCACGAUGAUCAGCCGACCGAGAUCAACACGGAUCUCUUCCAAGGCCGAAUCGCAGUCCGCAUCAAGAACUUCACCGGUUCCGAUCCUGAUGGAGUGGAACACCGCAAGGACACACCCUACUUCGAUGCUGGUCACGGCAAGGGUCAGAGUUGGUCGAUGCAGAUCCAAGGUCGCUUCAAGGAGCCCGUCAACGCCGACGAUCUCGUGUUCGGCAACGAGUUCGACAAGCCCAUCAAAGACCAUCUUCCCUACGGUACCAGUCUAGCCCUCCAAUUUGUCAAGAUCGUCGAUCCGAAUCUCGAACAGGACCUCUACGCAGAACGACCUUAUGCAUGGAGUCCGUAUCUCGCCACUAUGCCGCGGAUCAGCUCGGUCCCCGCUAAGAGCGAAUCCGACUCCUUUGACGACUGGCCGGACUUCCCGACCCACCCGGAGUACGUUCACGACGAUAUCUCCUCCCUCAUCCCUGAAGAGCUCGCCGAGAAGGAGAAGAACACCGUUGCCAACUUCAAAGGGAUCGACAAGGCACACGAGUACAGGCAGCGCUUCCUCGGCAACCGCGCUCAUCGGAAGGAGAUCACCGUCGGCCCAGACCAGAUCGUUACCGCAGAUUUCUUCAACGGCUUCAUCGACUUUAACGAUCUCACCCUUCACAUCCCCUUCUCGGGCGGGCUGAAGUUCGAUCUGAAGAAGUAUUGGGAUGGCCAAGCAGUCCGCUACUACUGUCGUGAUAGGAAGACCAACAAGAACUUCUUCGUUAUCGAGUUCAACAUUGUUGAUCUGCACACUUGA